CUCUCUCUCUCUCUCUGUAAAUGAAAAAAUACAUCGAAAAUUGAGUGGGUUGGUUUUGCGUCUCUCUUGCAUAAUUAAAUUCAAACCAUUUUGUUCUCUCUCUCUCUCUCUAUGUGCUAUAGCUUGAUCAUUCAUAGAGUCUGAGUUUCCAUAUUAAUAUCAGUCUAAGGUUUGAGAGGUGCAGUCUCCUUUUCGUUGGUCUAAAAUGUCCGGUGGAUCAAACUCCUUCACCAAACUUUCAUAGUUAUGGUAAAGGAAUCCACAUCUUGAUGUACAGCGCUUUAAUUCACAUGAAAUUCACAUUCAAAGGAAAAUGGCUUAUAGAUCUGCUUCUCCCACUAAAAAGUUUCGUUCUCUCUCUCUCUCUCUCUCCCAGACAAACGCAAUCUCUCUCUCUAUAGGACAUGAAAAUUGGCUCUCUUUUUUUCUAUAGGGCAUGCAAAUUGGCUCCCUCCCUCUCUCUCUAUAUGACAUGCAAAUUGGCUCACUCUCUCUCUAUGAAUGAAAAAUUACCCCAUCAGUACAAGUCUCUCAAUUCAGUGAGGGCAAAGGCAACUCUCUCUCUCUCUCUCUCUCCAUGAAAAAUUACCCCAUCAGUACAAGUCUCUCAAUUCAGUGUGGGCAAAGGCAACUGUCUCUCUCCAUGAAAAACUACCCAAUCAGUACGAGUCUCUCAAUUCAGUGCAUGGGAACUAAAGUACAGCAUGUGGUGAAUCUGGGCACAAAUCUUUGUGAGGGCAACACUGAUGAAGAGAGAGAAACAAGGGUUAGAGGAAGACACACUUGGGCUCUUUUUGCAGAUAAGGGCCUCCUAAACACUGGUUUUCCUCAGCUUCAGCAAGUAAUGGAGAGGUUUCAAGAUCAGCACAGUAGAGAAUCAGUCAAGAACACUAUGCUCAAGCAUGAAGAGAUAUUCAAAGAGCAGGUUCGCGAACUCCAUCGACUCUACAGAGUUCAGAAAUCACUGAUGUCUGAGCUCAAAAAGAAAGAAUUUCAUCAAAUUCACUCUCCCUCUUCCUCUUCAACACCGUUGACAAGGCUUUGGGGCUCUGGAAUCAGCCCAAGAUCAUCAAAUUCGGAGUUUUUGAACCGACUUUCUCUCACUGAACCAAGUGUAGAUUACAACUAUCAGGGUUCUAGAGAGCGAAACUAUAAGAAUUUUCAUGAAAUUAGAAGUUGUUCGAGGGAUAAAGGCAUUGAUUUGGAACGACCAGCCGAAGAUUAUGACCCGGCUGAAGCUUUGGCCACUAACGAGCAAAAUCCGUUGCUUGGAAAAAUCGAGAAGUCGAAAUUCAAGAACGAAAGCACGUUUUUUGAACCAGAGAGAGAUUUGCAAUUGACAUUGUGUACAGGGUAUCAUAACCGAGAUCAUCAGAAAAAUGAGAAAGAAUGGUUAGGACCCAAAUUGGAAUUGGGGUACUCUCACAAAGCCGGGCGGCCUUCGGCUUCGGAUUCGUAUAAAUCUAGCUGUUCAGAGAGAUCCAUGAAAGGAAACCAGGAUUCAAGAAUGGUUGAAUCAGGGGAUGAAUGUAGCGAGAACUUGAAGAAGCCACCAUGGCCUUUUCAAGUUUUGAACUUGAACAGGACAUGAACUUCUCUCUGUGUAAGAUUUGUUUUCUCUCUCCAAGAAUUCAAACAAUUUUUUUCUUCCAAUUUGAAGAUACAAAA